AUGGAUGUAUCGGCUCAGGUUAAUGAUAACGGACAUGAGGAAGAACACCAGAAGGGCACAGAAUCAGGCUCAGAGAUGGGGGAGGGCUCGGAUGGUGAUGGAAAACUAGACACUGAAGAGAAGAGACCGACUUGGGAAGAGGAGAUGGCAGAGAACAAGGAGGCCUGGAAAUUAGCUGUAGAGUCAGGGGCUCAGUACAGUGAUGAAGAUGAUAUUAUGACGAUUUUGCAAGAGCAGAAUGAAGUAAUUGCUAUGAAACGACGACAAGCUAAGCAAAAAGAAAAAGCUCGAAGAAGUCAGCCAAAAAAUCGUAAACAAGUGCUGGAAAUGUUGGGUUUGGUAGAAACAAAGAAUGAGGUACUGACUAAAUUUGAUGUUGUUCGUAUCUGGGGAAGUGACAGAGCGUGUUGGGAGUUUGUUGGUUCUAUUGGAUCAUCUGGAGGACUAUUGGUAAUAUGGAAUGAAACGACAUUUAAACUGUAUAAUUGCUAUAAAGGGGAUAGAUGGCUGUGUUUAGAAGGGGUUGUGGUAAAAGAUAACUUUCAUUGUGCUAUUUGUCUGGUGUAUGGACCGCAUGAGAGAGCUGAGAAAACCUCCAUGUGGGAAGAACUGAGCUAUAUAGUAGGACUGUGUCAGGUACCGUUUUGUUUUUUUGGGGACUUUAAUGAAAUAUUGCAUUUGGAGGAAAAGAAAGGAGCGACUACAUUAUCGGUGUCUGCGGCAGAGUUUAGAACAUGGAUAAAUGAUAUGGAGGGACAGUCGUGCAGCCGUAUUGAUAGGAGCCUGGUUUCCUUAGGGUGGCUUGAUGUGUACCCGGAGACGCGUCUGAGAAGCGGUCCAAGAGGUUUAUCGGAUCACUGCCCUUUGAUCAUGGAAGAUUUCAGAAGGUUUGAUGGUCCAAGACCGUUCCGUAGCAUGGACUCGUGGUUCACGCAUGAAGGGUUCUUGAGAAUGGUAAAAAAAGAAUGUAGGGAAUUAGGAAACGUAACCUUCUUAGAGAAGAUGAAAGCACUGUCAGAACCUCUACGUAUAUGGCAUAAGCAACAUUUUGGGGAUAUGACUGAGCGCAUAAAAAGGUUUGAGGAGGAAAUAAGGAAGGUGGAUGAUAUGGUCAGUAGUGGAAGGUAUGAUGGUACAAUAGAGGCAAGGCGAAGGGCAUUAGUGAGGUGUUGUGAAAAGUGGUAUAUAAGGCAGGAUGUGCACUGGAAGCAAAUGUCAAGGUCUAGGCAUGCCACUGAGAUGAAUAGAAACACAAGGUACUUUCAUAAUAUUGCUUCGGCGAGGAGAAGGAGUAACCGGAUUGAGGCUUUGGUGAUUAAUGGGAGGCUAGUGAGGAAUCAAGCAAGAAUCAAGAUUGCAAUCCGGGACUUCUACAAACGCUUGUACCACCAGGAAGUGUCCCCAAGGGUGAGCUUUAGGGAUGGAUUAGUUAACCGUCUAGAGAGGGAGGAAGCGAAAACUUUAGAGGCGCUACCAUCAGUUGAGGAAGUGAAAGAGGCAGUUUGGGACUGUGAAUCGUCCAAGGCUCCAGGGAGUGAUGGAUACAACAUGAACUUUAUAAAAAAAAGUGUUUGGAUGAGAUUGGAACAGAAUUCACUGCAGCCGUGA